UACAGGUGCUAUGGUUGUUCAUUGAUAAUUUGUUGUCAUCUACUGAUCAUAUUAGUAAUUAAUAAAUCUGUGCUUCUCCUAUAGGUAGAACCAUGGUGGUUCCUAAAGGCAAAAAAUGCGUGGCGGGAGUUGAUACGAUUGAAGUGGUGUAAUCCUGAAUGGUAGGCUAGCUCACAUGCUCAUAGGAUACGGAGGGAGAAAAUGACAUGGCCAUCUCACCGCCAAGGCAGUGCUAACUUGAGUCGUUUCCAAAAAAAUUUGGAGAAGAAGAAAAGGCAGGUAGUGUCUCAAAUGGAGGCCUACACAGAAGGAAGGGGGGAAUAUGGAGAGGAUGGACGAUUCAGAUGUAACACACAUGAGGCCUAUAAUGAAGCUUAUGUUCAGCUGCAUGGAGCAGGAAGUGAUUGGCGCAAUUCUCCCAUUGAUCCAAUGGCUGUGCACAUGGCUGGUGGUGGAAAGAAACAUGGUCGAUUCAUGAUCGGUGAUGGGCUCAUUGACUCAUCAGCAAUCUUUGGUGACAGUUCACUUGAUGAUCCACGUCCUCGCAGAAGACUGCGAACAAAUCUUGACAACACAAACCAAAUUGAAGACCUUGAGCGGCAACUACAAGAGGAGCGCGAGGCAAGGGAACGAGAGCGUGAAGAAAGGGAGCGUGAGAAGGAGAGGGAGCGGCAGGAGCGGGAGCAGGAGAAAGAGCGUGAGUGUGAAGAGAGGGCACGGGAGAAGGAGCAGGAUAGAAAGGAGAGGGAGCUGGAGCGCAAGGAAAGGGAGUUGGAAAAGAUAGCGUUUGAACAGAAAUCAUCGUUCUUUGAAGUUGCUUUAAGAGUAAGUGGUUAUGGGAUCCAUCUAGUAGUGUUUUCAUUAUUUGAGGGCUUGAAUUCUGUGAUGGUCGCACUAACUAGUGUACAUGUGAAAUGGAUUGCAGGCUAUACAACUUAA